UUUUUUUUCAGGUUGUACAUGGAACCAAAGGGUAUAUUUGAAAUCGAGACAUCUUCCUUCACUCUUUCUUUUCUUUUCUUUCUCUUUGUUUUUCUUUAGUAUGAGUCGCAAUCGCAACCACCCUGACCACAAGCUAGAACAACAAAUACUUCAAACUGAUCUCGGUCAUAAAGUGACAAGCGAGAUCUUGAAGUAUAUUCAGACUCAUGGUGCUGCAUUUGACUUCUGCUUUUUAGAGCGAUUUUCAAACCAGCAAAGCAUGUUAGACAGUAUGGUAAUGAUGUAUGACACAUUCAAAGCUCUUUAUAAACAGAAUAAUACACCAUUUGACUAUCAUUGGCAUUGGAUCAUACCUUGGAGACAAGCACUCUGCUUUGAAAGUAUAAUAGAAUUAACCAAUGACGAUAUGAAAUGCCUAUUGGAUUCUUUUCAUCCCAAGUGUCAUAAGGCGUUAAAGGCUGUGUUUGCCUGUGGACUUGAGAGAUAUAUGCGAUGGUAUCCCUGGAGAUGGUUCUCUGAUCUUGUCUUUCUAGGUGCAGGUGGAUUCUCUGCUGUCUACCGUGCUCAAGUCUAUCUUCCUUAUGAUGCUCCUGAUCAUUGCUUGUUUGGUUCACAACCCAGAACAGUAGUGCUUAAACUAGUAGAUGAGAAAAUUCUGAAUGAGAUCGUUGUACAAUCAAAAGCAUUUGUCGCCUUAUUGUUUCAUGGCAUGACAGUCUGUCAAACCACAGGCGACCUCAUGAUGAUCUUGACACCAGCAAAUAACCUCAAUCAACAAAUACAAAAUACAUGCAAGACACAAUUUCAUACUAUUGCCCAUAUUGUAGCCAGACUAGCACUGAAUUUGGCCAAUUUACAUGACGAAAUUGGUAUGUGCCAUCGGAAUAUCCAUGCAGAGAACGUAUUAUGCUCAGAAGAUGAUUAUGUACUUGUUGAUUUUCGUUUCUCUACAUCCACCCAUGAAGCUUCUGAUGUCUUGACUGCUUCUCAAGUACAUUAUGGUAGAAUACCUUAUAUUGCACCUGAAGUACAACACGGUAUUUACACAGAGAAAUCGGAUGUGUAUAGCCUUGGGAUUAUAAUGUGGCAAUUAAUAUCAGGUGUCUUGUUUCCUUCGCCUGAAAGGAUUGAACAAUCCCCUGAACAAUAUCGUAUUGAACCCAUUCCAGGUAUUCCAUCCGCUUAUCAAAUGAUCUGUCUGGCUUGCUUAGAACCAGUGCCUGAACAUCGUCCAACAGCAGAGGAAAUUGGCUCCUUGCUACGUAAAAUGGCAACAGUAAAUACACCAUUGGAUCCCAGUUGGUUAGACUAUGUGAAGCGUCGUCAAACAACUUGGGAUACUUCCAUGACUGCUUCGCGUGUAUAUACCCUUGAUGCAUUUGUGACAACAAGUGAAUUGUUGUUGAAAGAUAUCAAAUUUCAACAUAAGCGAUUUGAUGUAGAUGCUGUUGCUUUUCAAAUAGAAAUGAAUAAAGAUGAAUUGUAAAGAUA